UUGGCUAGUUGCUAGGCAUGCCUAAUGGUACUGCGAGCGAGUAGUCCAUGUGAAACGGGGAGAGAGACGAGCCGUCUGUCUCGCUGCUGCUGCUGCCAGGGCUGAAUCAGAAUCAGUCUUGGUUCGCUCGUUCGCCGUGAUAAGUCAGUCGUUCGGUCGACAGACAUCUUUUCGCCCGCCGCCGCGAGUCGACACCCGCCCAACUGUUAGGAUGGCUCUUUGCAGCUCCCACGAAGGGGCACUGAGAGCACACAGCCAAGGCAUGUUGGUGGCUUGAAAAUGGCCUCGCCCACAUUGACGCCCGAAUCGACAGCAAAUCUGUUUGAAAGCAAAGAGCACCUGAAGCCCGCGUCCGAGCACCAGCAGCUGAAGAAAUCUUCAGCGUUCAGCAGCACCGAAGAAGGAAGCAGCACCUCGUCGAGCCGCACGGUCAGCGAAAGCAGCGCGUCCGGUCACAGCAGUCCCCGAUGUCCGGAGGCCGGCUGUGAUAAGAGCGACUGCUGCUGCGAAUCGCAACUCCUGCCCCGCGGCAUCACUGAGCUGCUGUCCGACCUCGGCAUCAUCGAGUCGGAGCCGCCCCCGCAUCAACCGUCUCCCCCGCAGCCGCCCCAGCCGCAGAGCCGCGCGUGCACCGGCUGCAAGAGCAGAGACUCGCAAGCCGUCGGACGUUGCCUCGACUGCGCCAAUUUGCUGUGCGGAAACUGCGUCAUGGCGCACCAGUUCAUGCACUGCUUCGAGGGCCACCGCGUCGUCAGCCUCGAGGGCAAGGACGAGCCCAGGAAGGACAAGGUGGUCAACUGCCCCAGACACAAAAGCGAGCAACUGAAGCUGUACUGCCGCUCGUGCAGUAUGCCAGUGUGUUCCGAGUGCUCUGCCCUGGAACACCCAGGCCACGAGACGGAGCACAUCAGCGACGCGGCCGCCAAGCACGUGGAAUACGUGACCCAACUGGUGCAAGAGGCCAAGGGCAAAGCGUCCGACCUGCGCAACGUGCUCAAGACGGUCGAGUACGACACGCAGCGACUGCAACUGCAGCACCACAAGGCGCAGAACGAAAUCAAUGAGACCUUCCAGUUCUACACUUCGAUGUUGGAGGAGCGGAAACAAGAGCUGCUUAAGGAGCUUGAGUCCGUCUUCAGCAACAAGUCCGUGACGCAGUCCGUCUCUACCCAAAAGUGUCAAGACAAGGUGGACAAGCUGUACCAGACGUGCGACUUCCUGGAGCGCAUGCUCAAGCAGGGCCAGACUACAGAGCUGCUCAUGUUUAAGAAGCUUCUGGACCAGAAGAUGCACACGCUGAUGGCGUUCAACCCGGAGUCGCUGCAGCAGUCAGUGUGCGACCUCGAGUUCGUGUCCAACUACCAGGCCAUCCAAGUUGGCGUGCGCAACACAUUCGGCUACGUGCGCAACGCAGACAUGGCGUUGGCGCCAGGCAAGAUGGCGCCAAUUGCGCGACCGACGGCGGCCAACCUGUCCGUCAUCGGUGCGCAUCUGAACGGCGGCGGUGGCUCGUCGCUGGCCAGCACGUCGAGCACAUCGUCGCUCAACAGCCUCAACUCUGCUGGCCUGAUGCAGUCGUCGGUGCUGGACAAGGCGUACACGAGCAGCCUGUUUGGUGACUCGCUGCACAAGCCGUUUGUCGGAGGCAGCGUCAGCUCCUACGGCACGGGCAACAUUCUCACCUCGAGCUCGUUUGGCGGUGAGUUGAACCUGAACAACGGCGUCGGCGGUGGCAACACUGGCCUUGACCCCUACCAGAAGUGGUCAAACGGUGGCUCAGACAGCAUUUUCCACCACGCGGACGCGCCACCGACACCUGCCUCGCAAUUCCUCAAUUCGGACCCGCUCGAGCUGACCUCCAAACUCAUGUCGACCACCAUCUUCCCGCCGAAAUCGCAGAUCAAACGCCAGAAAAUGAUCUACCACUGCAAAUUCGGCGAAUUCGGCGUCAUGGAGGGCCAGUUCACCGAGCCUAGCGGUGUUGCCGUUAACGCGCAGAACGACAUCAUAGUGGCUGACACCAACAACCACCGCAUCCAGAUCUUUGACAAGGAGGGCCGCUUCAAAUUCCAAUUCGGCGAGUGCGGAAAGCGUGACGGACAGCUCCUCUACCCCAACAGGGUGGCUGUUGUCAAGCCCUCAGGCGACAUCAUCGUCACUGAGCGCUCACCCACCCACCAGAUACAGAUCUACAACCAGUACGGCCAGUUUGUGCGCAAAUUCGGCGCCAACAUCCUGCAGCACCCCAGAGGCGUUACCGUUGACAACAAGGGCCGCAUUGUCGUCGUUGAGUGCAAGGUGAUGCGCGUGAUUAUCUUUGACCAAGCGGGCAACGUGCUGCAGAAGUUCGGCUGCUCAAAGCACCUCGAGUUUCCAAACGGAGUGGUGGUUAACGACAAGCAGGAGAUCUUCAUCAGCGACAACCGCGCACACUGCGUCAAGGUUUUCAACUACGAGGGCACAUACCUGCGGCAGAUUGGCGGCGAAGGCAUCACCAACUACCCCAUCGGCGUGGGCAUCAACCUGUCGGGCGAGAUCCUGAUCGCCGACAACCACAACAACUUCAACCUGACCAUCUUCACGCAGGACGGGCAGCUGGUGUCGGCGCUCGAGUCCAAGGUGAAGCACGCGCAGUGCUUCGACGUCGCCCUCAUGGACGACGGCUCCGUCGUGCUCGCCUCCAAGGACUACCGCCUCUACAUUUACCGUUACGUUCAAGUUCCUCCCACGGGAUUGUAAGAUUCGCACGCGCAUACUCGAAAACAUAUCUUCGGCCAUUCACUCAAUCAGUAGUGAUUACGAUGAAUCGUUGAUUAUUGCAAAAAUUGUGCCAACACUCCUGGUUAAAUAGUUUCCGCCCCCGUCCCCCCUCUGUAUUUGUUAAUUUUGCAGCAGUGCCGGAAUUCGAUUCAUACCACGCAGUCGGAUGAGCUCAAAGUAAAGGCCCCUACCCUGCCCUGCCCUGCCCCCGUUACAAAUUGACAUUUUUCACUAUUUUUUGUUUUGUUGAUUGUUAAGUUUGGCGCGGACGCGGUUGGCCAGUCUCUUAACAGAUCCGUAGCCGCGCGCACAAUUCUGCUCCGAUUAUUUGCCCUGUUGUUUGACCCUGCGGCGAUCAACGCGUCCAUUCCACCCGCGCCAGCCGCGUCUGCCCGCCAGGUUGCCCCUACCCCUCAUUUCUUUCAUUUGGCGCUCCGGCACCGCGCACGCGCAGUCCUCCUGCCGGGGGGACGAUCGGAGCCGGUGCGCACGCGCCUCCACGCAGGGUGUUUCCAGAGUCUCGCCCCCUUUACUACCCUCAGCCGCCCGCCCCUCCGCCACGCCGCACACACACAGGAUCUCACUCGAAGAAUUCCCCAUUGAUUAAUUAAUUUUUUACCACGCUGAUAAGAGAACUUUGUUGCUGUUAUUAUUACUACUAUUUGUUUGAUUUUAUGAUUAAUAUAUUCAUUUUAUUUUUGAUAAAAUUCACGACAAGAUGGGAGCCGACGGCCGCCCGCCCGCCAGCCCUCCCGCGUGCGCGCUUGCGAUAAUUAUUACGAGAAAUCAAUGCAUUUUGACUAAUGUUAGCUUAAGUAUUAUAAUGAUCUUAACUUAUUAAUAACUUGUCAACUUAAUAAUUGUUUGUAAACGAGGCGAAAUAUGUCACACACACACAGACAGACAGACAGACAGACACAUACACACACGAUGGAUAAUUAUAAAUGAUUGGAGUAUAUUAUUACAUAGUAGUUUUGUAUAGUGUAACGAUGAUGUGUACUUCACGAGCAGAAUCGAGUCUAAAAAUGCGAAUCAAGACCUUUGGCAUGAUUUUGAUGAUUGUUCUGUUUCAAAGUCUGCCUUCCUUGUUGACCCAAAGUUAUUAUGUGCUAUUUUAGGAAUCGAAACAAAACACACAAAAAUGAGGAAAAGCAAGCAAAUUCCAUGCUCAUGCCAAUCAUUUUUAUUGACAAUGAUAUGUGGUCCAUUGAUUAACUCUAUAUACUCUAUUUUUCUAAAAGUAUUUGAAACUACUGCUUCUCCUUUACCCUUUAAGAUAAAUCGUAGUAGUGUUGAUAUAUAUAAAUCGUAGGCGACCUCAAGUUAACAGAGUAAGUUUUUGAGAUUUUAUAUAAGACAAAAAAUACAUGAAACGCGGAAAACUGAAAAUUUUUCAUUUUGCACAUACACUGCUCUCAAAAGAAAUAAAAUAAUAAUGAACAAUGAAGAUGCUGAAGAUGACGAAACAAAUUAUAGUGCUCUUGGAUGCUGCUGAUAAUAAUGAAUUUAAAAAUAAUCUUGAUUGUUAUUGUUUACGUUUUCGUUUGAAUUUAAUUUUCUUUAAAAAUUGACUAGUCACAGGUUUAUUUUUAUAGCCGUGUAGACAGCACACACACACUCACACACCCCCACACACCACCACCACCAACCAACCACCCACAACCACGAAAACAUUCUCACUCUCUCUCUCUCUCUCACAAACACACACCAUCUCUGUAGCAACAAGACAAAAUCUUCAAACUAAAUUUAAGGCGUAAUGCAUUGUUCGUUUUGUGUCCUGAGGUUGGAAAAAUUAUAAAUAAUAAGUAUCUGUCUCUCAUUCGUCUCUCGUAAAAGCAACGUUAGACAAUAUAGACGAAAUUUAUCAAAUGUUGGUCAACUCGUUACUUCGUGCAAGGGUUCUUAUGUUACUUAAAUUAUUAUUAUUAUUACUAUAUUUUUUAAUUUAUAAGCUGGCAGCAUGAAUAUUUUGUAAUGUAACCGUGGCACUCGCAUUGCUGGCUGACUCUUUGUAUAAUUGUAAGGCGAUUGCAUUUAUUAGGUGAGAAACACAGACAAAAUACGAUGAUGAUGAAAAACGUCGGAGAAAAACACUGUUUAAAUAAAUGAAAGUAGUAGCUGACGAGAGUUACAAAAACGAUGACAAAAGGGAAACACACACUCACACAUAUUUGAAGAUGAGAAUUCUGAGGUCCAAGUUGAAAAUCAAAUGAUUAUUAUUACGCUGUAAUUUAAAGACCACUUACACAUACACAAACACACACAACACACACUCAAAACUAUUGCUCGAUAUGAACAACAAACAACACUAUUUGUAUUUAUUGCUUCAGCGGUUUUUUGAUCAAGAGAAUCGAUAUGAAUCUAAAAAGUUGGUAGUUUUGGAAACAAUGUUGUGCAAUUUAGAGUGUCCGUUAGUUGAAUCAUCUAUCUUUCGCUCUCCCCGUGUCAGUGGCUUAACUAAGAUUAAUAAUCGAUUCAUUGAAAGAAACACUGGUUACGACUGCCAAUGCGAAUGCUUGGUUGGAAUUUGUUAAUUUUUGAUGAUAAAGCUGAUUACGAUGAAGAAACGUGCAAAAUACGAUCAUCUUGUUUUUCUCUCGCGCGUCAAAACCACAGUAUCACACACACUAGCACUCACAGUGUCAAGUAUUUAUUGUAAUGCGUGUUUUUUAUUUAGACGCCCAUCACCAGAGCGGUAGCUGGGCUCAUAUAAUUAUUUUUGUUCCUGUUGAAAUUUACAAGGAAUAAAUUUUGUACUGUACUAAAA